GGAUCAGCAGCACCUUUUUUCAUUUUUUCACCCCAUUUUCACAUUUCCUCCACCAUCUGUAUUAGUGAGCAUGCGGCUCUGCGCGACCUGCGCGUUGCUGGGACUUUUGUUUGUAACCGCCAUCGCCGCGACAGGAAGCCUUCAGACGCUGGUCCGGCCGGACAAAGGCUCCACUGUGACGGUGUCCACGCCACUGCCUCCGGAUCAGUGCGCCGUGUGCACCGUCGGCGGCGUCAACGACACACAGGUUUCCUGCCGCUCCUCUCUUCCCCUGAAACCCGAAGAGGAGGUCAAGCUGCUCUUCAACUGCUCGCAGCCGCUUGAAAAGUCCUACGCGGUCACGAUAUCUCGGACCAUCGAUUGCACUAAGGAUCUAUGCAGUCCCACAACGAUAGGAACCCAACCCACCAUCCUCCCAGAGUUGAUCAGAACCUUAACCUGGGAGGUCCAGGCCCCUCCUAAGACCGUGGUCCGUCUGGACGUCCUCGGGGAGGGACUGGUAGAGGCAUCGCAGCCAUGUCCCACUGGGUUUCGCUACUCCGUGUCCAUAUCAAAGACCAACCCCAAAGGCCCGACCCGAUACUGCAGAGGCGGUUCUGUGACUCAUUUAGACCUGCUCAACGAAGGUGUGGUGGCGCUGCAAGUUGACCCGAAGGCUGUGGUGGAUCAGUUUCUGUUCAAGGCCUCUGCCGGACCAUUAAAGGGCCGAACGGAGGUGAUAACCAUCGAUUCCAGCACCACUGUGGUCCUCAGCCGGGAUCCUGCAGCCCCUGAGUGUGACGUGUGCUCGGCUGAAGGGUCCACUUCCAACUGCAGCCCCACAACGAAGACCUUGACCAACGUGCACAACCUGUCGCUGGACUUCAGCUGCCAGCAACCGCAGGACGUGUACACGGCGACGGUCCAGAGGAAAAUAGGGUGUACCACGACCUCCUGCAGCCCUGCUGUAGCACAAGUUGAUCCCAAUCUCUUCAAGGCCUUUCAAAGGACCCUCAAGUGGGACAUCAGUGUCCCAGAGAGAACGGUUUUAACUUUGGACUUUGCUGGAGACGGUCUGAAGGAGGUUUCUGGGGCAGGAGACUGUCCAGGCCGUUAUCAGUAUUCGCUGAGCACAACCAAAAGUGAUGGAAGCAUUAAAUCCAGCAGCUACUGCACUGGGGGAACCGUGUCUCAGCUGGACCUGCAAGGAGCGACCACUGUAACGGUGGACGUUCCCAAAGACGGAGAUCUGGCCCAGACCGCCUUCAGCGUCCGGGCAGCGCCAAGAGGUAGCAGAACGAUUCCGGUGACCCCCGAGCCCAAAACCACCAUUUUCAUCAGCAGGGCGGUCAGCGAGCCCGACUGCAGUGUGUGUGUGCGCACGGCCAAGCCGACGUGCGACCCCAGACGUGCAAAAAUCACCGACCCGGGCAACAUCUCAGUGGAGUUUACGUGUCCUCAGCCUCAGCAUAUUUACACCGUGGAGAUCAACAGGGCAAUAACUUGCAAGUCAUUCUCCUGCUCUGGUGACAUCGUUCAGGCCGAGUCCCCGUUGUUCCAAGACUUCAACAGAACCUUCACCUGGGACCUGAAGGUGGUCUCUCCCCAGAGCUUCCAGUUGGACUUCUCCGGAACAGGAAUGCGGCAGAUUCCCAGAGAGGAGACGUGUCCGGAUGAACACACGUACUCUGUGGUUAUCUACCUGCACACCGGACCAGCAGACAUCGGCACCUUUUGCAAAGGAGGCCCGGUGACCACUGUCCUGGCUCCCUACAAGGGCCGCGUGACUCUGCAGGUGCCUGCCAACAGAAAAGUGGACCCUGUUGACUUCAAACUCAACGUUGGACCAGAGACCAGCAUGCUGGCCAUAGUGACCGUCAACCUGCCCCGAGGCGUAUCAGACACCGACAUCCUCACGCCCAACUACCCCGGCGGCCUCCCGGACGCUCAGCAGAUGCAGUGGAACUUCACGGUGCCCGGCAUGCACAACUACACGGUGCAGUUCCUGCAGAGCACCGCCCCCGAGUGCGUCGCCGGGGACGUGGAGGUGGAGUACCAGAGGGACGGCCGGAGGCCCAGCAAGCUGACGCUGACGGACCCCCAGCCGAAGCAUCAGCAGGACAACUUCAACAUGGUGCUGAGGAACUGUCAGACCAACACCACGCUGCAAGGACUCAGCCUGCGCUACCGGGUCUCUGUGAUGCGGAGCGGACAUCCGGUUCUGUGUACGGUGGAUCUAAGCAAACGGGCAGCGCUGUCCCUGAGGAUCGAGAACACGGGCUCCGAUCCGUACUGUGAGAUGAGGAUCAACUCCACGGUUGCAGAGCGGCUCAUCGUAGCCGCGGGGACGACGGCCAGCCUGUCCUUCCUGGACUGUCCGAAGGAGGACGUGCGCCUGACGGCCAGCGACGUUACAGAGUGCCCGAAUGUGUCGACGUGUCCCACGAUUCCCCUUUCCGUGCCGACGUUGGACUCCUGCCUGCCGAUGCGCCUCCACAGCUUCACCUGGAACAUCAGGGUCCCUGUCGACAGCACGGCGGAGCUGGCGGCGCCCACGGGGAGUCUCCGCCAGGCGCUGCCGGGCCAGGAGUGCAACCCGGCCGACUCGCUGAACCUGGCCGACGAGGACGGCAUAUCUGUCGGAGACUACUGCUACGGCGGAGUCAUUCAGAAGGUUCAGGUCCACACCAACAUCUCCGUCACAGCCAGAAGCAGAGACUUCAGCAAGACCAGCGGGCCCUUUCUCAACGUCAGCUUCAGUCAGGAGAUCUCGGAGACCAUCAUUUACAGAGUCAGUCCGACGGCGUCGUCUCCAACCCUGCUGGCCACCCCUAACUGGCCCGAGGCCAUGGUGUCCUUCUCCUCCGUGUCCUGGAUCGUGGAUGUGCCGAGCCGCUACCAGGCCAACGUGCAGUUCGUUAACGUCAGCCAGCCCAAGUGCCAGGACGGGCACACGAGCAUCACGGUGAAGCAGCUCGGCUCGGAGAAGGAGCUGCUGGCGCUCCGGGAGGACUCUCCGCCGGUCGGCAACCUGUCGGUGCCGGGGAGCUUCUACCUCACCAUGUCCAACUGUAUGUCCGAGGAGGGACACUUCGGCGCCGCGGCCAGAAUCGUCCUGCAGGAGACGUCCAAUCUCCUGGCCAUCAUCCUGGGGGUCGUAGGUGCAUUGUUGCUGUUGCUGAUAGUGCUGGUUGUAAUAUGCGUCAUCAAGAAAAAGAAAAAAGGACUGAACAGGGACUCCUCCAUAUUCAUGGGCAAAGGGAACGUCUUCCGCCCCAGCGACAACCACUUCCCCAAAACCAGGUCUGAAGACCCGCACAUCUACACCAGCAUCGACGACACCAUGGUGUACAGCCACGCGCUGGGCGACGCCGGCUACGCCGACGGCAUGCCCGACCACUUCAAAGGGGCCCCGGUGGACUCGUACCGCACCUUCACCGGCCCCACCGCCCUGCCGGAAAUCAAAGAACCGGACCUGGAGCCGGAAAUGGACCUGUACAAGCCGUUCCUGGAGCCCCCCCAGACGUUCAUCCCCUCCCGCCCCCGGACCCCCAUCGACCGGCAGGACAGCCUGGGCUUCCAGGACCGCAGGAUGAUGGACAACGGGCUGUUCACGUUCAAGAGCACCGGGGAGAUCAAUACGAUCCAGCUCACCGAUUUUGAAUCGGAGCCUCGACUGCAGACGUCCGAGGAGUCCUUCUAGUGUGUAAUGACACCAUGGACUACUGGUUCCUACAGCGCUGAGGAUUUGGACUGAUGUGAACUCCUAAAGCCUCCAUCACACUCAGGGACUCCGAGGUCGGUUAACUUGAGAUUUUCUUUUAAAGCUGUAGCCAUCAUCACCAUCGUCAUCAUCUCCAACUCAAAGCAACAAAGCCUAUAUUUCCCAAAGUAAAAUGAUCCCUUUAAUAUUUUAUGGCAUCCCUGCGUAUGUGGUGCGGAUUCAGGAGCAGGGGCUCUGACCAAUGAGCCUCUCUCCACUUUUAAAAGUGCUUUUGUAGUUGUUUUUUUUUUUUACUAAAUUGUUUUUAUUUGCCUGUAAAUACCGUUUCGUUAAAUAAAUUUUUUAAAAGCA